GGCAGCGCGGCUGACCGGGCCCGCGGCUCCGCAACGCUGCUGCCGUUGCUGCUGUUGAGAGGCGGCGGCGGCGGCAGCGGCGGCGGCGGCGGCGGCGCUGGCGGGCGGGAAGGAUGAGGUUUCUGUGGCCGGAGCGGUGGGUGCGUGCCAGGAGCCGGGCUGAGGUUUGGCCGAAGCAACGUGUGCCCCGGAGCCUCCGGCGCGGGUGCCGCUGAGGCAGCCGAGGGAGGCAGGACCGACUGGCUGACGGGCCGACUGACGGGCGGACGGUCGGAAGGCAACCCGAGAGCCGGCCCCGAGGCCACGGCGCGGGCGAGAUGCCGGGGCCGCUGGCGUCGCUGGCGCUGCUGCUGCUCCUGGCCGCCGGCGGUGCCCGGUCCGCGCCACUUCCGCAAACAGGUGCAGGGGAGACACCUGCUGCAGAAGUUCCCUUGUCUUUUGUGAUCCUGUCUGUGUGCAGUUUAAUGCUGUUAAUAGUGUUAAUUGCAAACUGUGUAUCCUGCUGUAAGGACCCAGAAAUUGACUUUAAGGAAUUUGAAGAUAAUUUUGAUGAUGAAAUAGAUUUCACCCCACCCGCAGAAGACACUCCCUCUGUUCAGUCCCCUGCAGAAGUUUUCACGCUUUCAGUACCUAAUAUUUCACUGCCAGCUCCAUCACAAUUUCAGCCUGCUGUAGAAGGUUUGAAAUCUCAAGUUGCACGCCACAGUCUAAACUAUAUACAGGAAAUUGGAAAUGGCUGGUUUGGAAAGGUCCUCCUUGGAGAGAUUUACACUGGCACUAGUGUAGCACGAGUAAUAGUGAAGGAGUUGAAAGCAAGUGCAAACCCAAAGGAACAAGAUACUUUUUUGAAAAAUGGAGAACCUUACUAUAUUCUUCAGCAUCCGAACAUUCUUCAGUGUGUUGGACAGUGUGUGGAAGCAAUUCCCUAUCUUCUGGUGUUUGAGUUCUGUGACUUGGGCGACCUGAAGGCCUAUCUGCGCAACGAGCAGGAGCACAUGCGUGGGGAGUCACAGACGAUGCUGCUGCAGAGGAUGGCGUGUGAGAUCGCCGCAGGGCUCGCCGCCAUGCACAAGCUGCACUUCCUGCACAGUGACUUAGCCCUGCGGAACUGUUUUCUUACCUCUGACUUAAACGUGAAAGUGGGAGAUUAUGGCAUAGGCUUCAGCAGGUACAAGGAGGAUUAUAUUGAAACAGAUGAUAAAAAAAUUUUCCCUCUGCGAUGGACUGCUCCAGAAUUAGUGACCAGCUUUCAAGACAGAUUACUAACCGCAGAUCAAACUAAGUAUAGUAAUAUCUGGUCCCUGGGUGUGACGCUUUGGGAGCUUUUUGAUAAUGCUGCUCAGCCAUAUUCACACCUUUCCAACUCAGAUGUUCUCAAUCAGGUUAUUAGAGAGAGAGACACAAAACUCCCUAAACCCCAGCUGGAGCAGCCUUAUUCUGACAGAUGGUAUGAAGUUUUACAGUUCUGUUGGCUAUCACCAGACAAGAGGCCGGCUGCUGAAGAGGUGCACAGACUGCUGACUUACCUACGGCUGCAAAGCCAGAGGGACUCGGAAGUCGACUUUGAACAGCAGUGGAAUGCUCUUAAGCCAAAUACAGCUGGCAGAGACACUUCAAAUAAUGCUGCAUUCCCAAUUCUCGACCAUUUUGCCAGGGAUCGGCUCGGUCGUGAGAUGGAAGAAGUUCUCACAGUGACUGAGACGAGCCAGGGACUUAGCUUUGAAUACGUCUGGGAGGCAGCAAAACAUGAUCAUUUUGAUGAACGCGGUCGGGUCAACCCAGACGAGGCCUUGUCCUACACAAGCAUCUUCUUUCCAGUUGAAGUUUUUGAGAGUUCACUUUCAGACCCGGGGCCUGGAAAACAAGAUGAAAGUGGCCAGGAUGUCCCACAUAGGGCCCCAGGAGUGGUUCCUGUUUUUGAUGCCCACAACCUUUCUGUUGGAAGUGAUUAUUACAUCCAAUUAGAAGAAAAAAGUGGUGGCAACUUGGAGCUUGACUACCCAGCUGCACUACUUACCACUGAAGUGGAUAAUCGCGAAAGGAGAAGUGAUGAUGUAGCCCCGUUCACUGCCCUCAGGAACCUGGAGUUUGAGGAGUCCAGUACUGAUGAGGAUUUCUUCCAAAGCAGUACAGACCUAAAAGAUUCUAGCAUCCCUGAGAAUUUACAUGUUACCAGUGGCCCCGAGAGCCCUUUUAACAAUAUGUUUAAUGAUCUUGACAAAUCACAGGAUUUGCCCAGUCACCAGAAAAUAUUUGACUUAUUGGAACUAAAUGGAGUUCAAGCUGACUUUAGGUCAACUACCUUAAGUUCAAGUUUGGAUGAUCCCAAAGAGUCAGUGAUAACUUGCCAUUUUGAGAAAGAAAAUCCCUGUAAGCUUUUUGACUGUCAGCCUCUUUGCUUAUCAGAAAACCUUAUGCACCAAGAUAAUUUUGAUCCAUUGGAUGUUCAGGAAUUGUCAGAAAACUUUUUAUUUCUUCAAGAGAAAAAGUUACUAAAAGACUCAUUGUCCAGCAAGGAACAUAUAAAUGAUCUUCAAACAGAACUUAAAAAUGCUGGUUUUACUGAAACCGUAUUAGAAGCGUCACAGAGAAACUCUUUAGAUCUGGAGCUGACAUUUGCUGAAAAUAAGUCAGGCUUUUCUUUGUUGCCAGAAGAUGUAAAAGCAAAGGGUAAAGACCCUGGUGUCGUGCUCAAGGAUGGCAGUGGGGACACCCCAUCGCAGUCUUCUCCAGAAGUGCAGGAAACACCUAAUAACGCGCCUCCAGAUUUGCUCCCGAAGCCGGGAGAAACCAAACCCGCCUACUUGGAUGUCAGUAUUCUUGACGAUUGUCUCUGCCAAGAAAUAAACCCAGACUCUCUGGCUGUCCCAGUUGAAAUUCUCUCUGCCGACACCAAGACACACAGCAGUGACAAUGGGUCACUGGACUUGACUCAGCAAGACGAGGAGACCUGGAGACUAACCAGUAGUGACUCAGUCAGUCUUGAUGACAUUUUGGUGAGUAGGGUGGGUAUAGAAAGUAGUCUUCCAGAAUUGAAGCAGAAUUUACAAAAUAAACUGCUUUCCAAAGACCAUCAUAGUAGUAGUUUGCAAGAAAAAAACUUGGAAGCUGUGGAGACUCUAAAUCAGCUUAAUUAUAAAGAUGCUCCCAAAGAAGCAGGCUUGGUGUCUGCCCUUUCCUCAGACUCCACCAGCCAAGACAGCCUGUUGGACGACAGCUUCUCCACACCCAUACCAGCGUCAGAACAGUCUGUGGAAACCCCCGACUCCUUGGAUUCAGUGGAUGUUCAUGAAGUUUUAGAUUCUUUCGUCUCUCUCACUCCUCAGAAACUCGUGCCCCGGGAUAAGCCUGCAGACAGUGGCUAUGAAACGGAGAAUUUGGAGUCUCCUGAGUGGACCUUGCACCCCGCCCCCGACAGCACCCCAGACACAGGCGCCGCCGCGGCAGGCGACAGCAGUGUCCAAGGUUUGCCUCCCAACCCGGUCAUCAUCAUCUCGGACGCAGCUGACGGCCACAGAGGGACAGAGGUGCCCGCACAGACGUUUGCGUCUGGCUCUCAGAGUUCAUAUCGAGACUCUGCUUACUUCUCAGAUAAUGAUUCUGAGCCUGAUAAAAAACCAGAGGAGUGCCCGGGCACAUCAGCCUCGGCCGUGGGAUUGACAAAGGAUCAGGCCCUUCCUGAGCCAGUCAUCCCAGAGCAAAACAGCGGUGCCAAGGACAGUGGCCUGGAAACCAAAAAUAGCCAGCCGGAUCCAAGCUGCGUGUCUGCUUUGCAAAAUUCCAGUCACCUGGAAUUAGGAAAUACUUGGGAACCAGCACAGACCAAUGUUUCCAACGAGAUGUGUCCCCCUGAAGACGAGGCUGGCUGUCCCUGGAGUUUGCUGAAUUCGGAGCUGAGCAGCAGUGAAGACUUGGAGGCGCCGGAUGAUCGCCCCUGCACCCUCACCUCCACCGGGACCAACACCAAUGAACUCCUUACAUAUGCAAAUUCUGCCCUUCGCUCCAGCCCGUCGGACCUGAUGGUGGAGAGGUCCUUCCCCAGCCACUCCGAGGGCCCCAAGCUGAAGGAGCCAGACAUUGAAGGGAAGUACCUGGGGAAACUUGGUGUUUCCGGAAUGCUGGACCUUUCUGAAGAUGGGAUUGAUGCUGAUGAGGAAGAUGAAAACAGCGACGACUCCGAUGAUGACCUGAGGGCCUUCAACCUCCACAGUCUCAGCUCCGAGUCUGAAGAUGAAACCGAGCACCCAGUGCCCGUGAUCCUCAGCAACGAGGACGGGAAGCACUUGCGGAGCUUGCUGAAGCUGCCGGCGCCUGUCGACGAGCUCUCGGAUGACAGCAAAAGAGAAAAGAAGGCCGUCACGUUUUUUGAUGAUGUCACAGUCUAUCUCUUUGAUCAGGAGACCCCUACGAAAGAGCUGGGGCAUGGUGGAGGAGGAGUGCAUGGCCCCGAGUCGAGCAGCCCAGCACCAUCCUCAGGUUCUCCGUACCUGAGCAGGUGCAUAAAUUCGGAAAGUUCAACUGAUGAAGAAGGUGGAGGCUUUGAAUGGGAUGAUGACUUCUCCCCGGAUCCUUUUUUGUCAAAGACAACAAGUAACUUUCUUAAUUCCAAGCCUUCUCUUCAAACAUCGAAGUAUUUUUCUCCUCCACCGCCACCCCGGAGCGGGGAGCAGAGCUGGCCCCACACGUCGCCAUACUCCCGAUUCUCCAUCUCGCCCGCCACCAUCGCCAGCUUUUCCCUCACGCAUCUCACUGACUCGGACAUCGAGCAGGGAGGAAGCAGUGAAGACGGAGACAGAGACUAACCAGGCACUGAUGCGCUCGGUCUGCAGCGCUCCCUCCGGCCAGUCUGCUCUCCCAGCUGAGCAGUGGCGACCUCUCUGCACCUGCUGAAACGAGGCUGAGAGAGAGAAGGAAUCGAGCGGCGGGAAGCCAGCCAGCCCCCAGACCAGUGGUCUUGGUUGGGAGGCGGGCAGGAGACCCUUGGGGGUGCUUUUGCCAGAGCCUGCACCUGGGGCUGCUCUCGCCCUCAGGGGCUUGUUCUCCCGGCCGCGGUCACUGCGGCGGACUCGCAAAGCCACAGCACUACUCUGCGUGCGUGCGGGACCGUACGCCUCAGGAUGAUUUCUCUUUUCCAUGUAGUGUGUCCUGUUUGCUUCUGCACCUGUCCACACCUGUCCACACCUGUACAUACCUGUCUGUACAGGCGCCAUUGAGGAUGCAUGAGUGGGAAUGGUCAGUAGUGAGCCAUAUUUAUUAUUUUUAAAGAAAUCACUAAUUGCUUUCUGUAAUUGCACUGUGGGUAAAUGUUCUGAGUCCCCAAUAUUGUACAGAUUCUUAAAUUAUUCAAGGAAAAUAAGGCAGGUCAAGCUGGUGCUACCCACUAGUUUGAUUUUUUUUUUUUUCUGUUUUAUAGUUUGUUUGCAUGGUACUUUCAAAGCUUAAAUAUUUUGAGUGUUACGCUGUCUUUAGAAUUGCUGGAAUUGUAUAUCUGGUACUCUUUCAUAAAUGAUAAAUGAUUCUGAAUGUUAGUGUUUUAUGUUCUUACAGGAAGUAUUUUUGAUGAGUCAGAAAGUACUGCUCUCUCUUGUUGAUUGACUCAGACGCACUUGUUUCUUCUCUGCGCCUUGGUUUCCCUGUGGCACGUGCGGCUUCUCUCUGAGGAGGGGAGGGUUUCAGCCUCUCUGUGGGGUUCUUCCACCCACCCCAGAGGAUUGUAGACCCUUCUGGGUGAAAAAGGGCCGGUGGUGCAGCCCAGCCCUCAGCUCCAGAUUGCGGCGCCUGGGUCUCAGCUCCUCAUGGCUGCAGUCACCUGGUGGGGCCGGUCACGGGGCUGUCCCUCCCCUCCCGGGGGGCUCGGAGGCCAGACUACCAUUCAGUGAGAACGUAACCCCGUGGCUCUCCGCCGCCGCACAGUGGAGCAGCUUCUCCACAGUCAUCUCUUGGUGUUAAGGACGGUGUGCGCUGUUGGUGCACUCCCCCUGCUGUUGAUUUGAGCUGUUAAGUAAUCCCCAGGACUGUUGUAACCCCUGCGAGUGAUGUCCCGGCGGAGCCUUUCUGACUGGGGCACACCUGCCCCCCAGUUGUGGGGCUGGGAGCACACCCUCUGGGUCGGGACCGUGGGCAGCCCGGCGUGGCCAUCACUGCAGACACUGGUCCACGCUCAUCCCGAGUGGCUGUUCCUGCUGCCCGCAGCGCCAAGCUCCUCCACCAUCUGAAAGAGACCGGAGCGUUUCCAGGGCAACGCCAUACUUUUGGCAGGAAUUGGGCAUUCCUCAUCAAAGCUACGGAAUUCUGCAGGCCCCAGGUUCUGCUUCGCCCCAGGGAAGUUGCAUUGGUGAGCGCCUUCUUCCGCGGGGGGUCCUCAGGUGCACCCGGAGGUUUCCAGUGUUGAUCUCCCGCCUCCACCGUAGCUCCAGGACAACCUUCCAAGCCCAUGCUGGGGCUCGUGGUGGAAAGCGAAAGAACUUUGGUCUGAGUUCAAAAUGCAGAUGUCUGUGCUGGAGAGAGUUUUGUACUGUAGCAAAUUAGGAUCUUUAUUAUCUUCUCAGUUCACGCCACUGAGUUUUUGUACUAGUAAUAAAUUUCCAGACCAAGAAAAUUCAGAGUGAAGACAAAGAGACCCGCUUUUAAACCUCAGCUUGUUGCGAACAAGGAGUCUGCAGGGAAAGUUGGAUCUUUUGAUGUGCAUAUUAAAAAAAAAAAACAGGGCAUUAGAAGAUGAUGUUGCCAAAAAUUGUACUCUGAACUACUUGCUAUGGAGACUUCUUGAAUUUUCUGAAUUUUUACAUCUAACCAGUCUUGGUUGAGAGAGAAAUGAGGCAAUUAUACUCGUUUUUUCAAAUGAUAGGUUUAAGGACUUCCAAUUUAAUGACUAAAAUCAAGCAAAUCCAUAGAUUAUAUAGUCUUCUUAUAAGCUCAGCCCAGGAUAAAUUUCCUGAUAUUCUGGGGUUGUGCAUUUAUCACCAAGAUUACGGAGAUUCUAACAACAUAAUUCCCAUUUUAAUCUGUAGUUUUCACCAAAUCAACCACUAUCUUGAACUUCAGUUUCAGUGAAAGUUUUUAAGCCUGUAUUGCUCUCAUAAUUAAUUGCCAAAAAAAAAAAAAUUCAUUUUAUACAUUGAGCUGGGGGAUGGGAUUUGGUAUAGUAAAUCUUACUGUGGUCCUGCAUGAAAGGGAAGAUUUUUAUAUUUAUAAUA